AUGUCCCUGGAGCGCUUGGCUGUCGACCGCCAAGCCGACGACCACAAAUUCCUUAGCAAACAGUCAUGGCGAACCAAGCUUCACUCAAAGGAUGAUACCAGCGCAUCUAAAACGGCCAAAAAGGACCAAGAGCGAGCCCAAGAGGUCGCUGACUUCUUGCAACCGUCAAUCGCCAAGGCUCGAGCUAUAUCACCCCGCAUUGAUACCUUGAACGCCCAGAGGUGGCCCGCCGCAGUCGACGUCAGCGGGCAUGAAAAUGAUAGCACCCUCUCCCACGGAAGUGGUCAACGCAAAUUAAAUGCUCGAUCAGGCCGGAAUAAAAUAAACUUGGUUGUCAGAUUUACUGCUUCGAACCCAGAGAUUAUUGGUGAAGGGGGUGACGACGCUGAGCUGCCUCCAAAUGCUGUUUCAAGGCGUGGCAAGGGCUCUCAAAGCUGUCAGGCCAGCACAAACCAGCGUUCAAUUGCGGAUGGUACCCCUGCUGGCUUACGCCAUGCACCGACAAGCACCCCCCAAGACGGGAAAAGAACCAGACAGGAGACGGUCCAUGCCGCACCUGUUCCUCUCAGGCGUGCACCGACGGGCUUCCCGCUUGAUUUGGGAGACCAGCAAAUAGAUCACCCGCCGUUGGGAUCUACCCAUCCGAGUGAAAGCGCUUCCGUUGGAAAUGAUAUGAAGCGGCAAAACGAGCCAAAAUAUAUGCAUCCGCAACCGACCAGGACCCAAAGACCAGCGAUCAGGACGGAGUUUGAAGCAAAAGAGAUUUCCAGGCUUUCUUCUCCAAGCAGGAUACCAUCGUCUCCCUACGAUGUCUCCCCAGUAUCUCCUUUGCAAUCCUCGGAAACAGCGUUUGAUCUAGACAGAAAUUCACCGUCAGGAGCGCAAUUAGAGGAUACGACCGUCUCACCUCUAUCAACUCCGGAGCUCGAGCAAGAGCAGACGAGACGUGGUGCGAUUCCAGCGCGCCCAGACUUCUGCUUGCCGUCUCAGCAGCAGGAUCUACGCGUUCUAGAGCCUGGAAAGGCACCGCAGCAAUCUCAAAGUAUCCAGAAAAUUCCGUCUUCUCCAGAAACAAGGCAGGUGGUAUCAGGUAUUAACGCAGCCCCUCCACCUGCGAUAGCCGCAGGGCCAAAGCGAAGUCCAAAUUGCGGCCCAGUUCUGGAGGACUUUGGCAGGCGUGUUGAAUAUCUUUUCCCGCUGUUCAAUUUGUCUCCAAACUCGCAUGAUCGAUCCUUGAGUGACUGGCUGGUAGCUAGUGUUUGGUGGUUACUGCAGGCUCGCACUCAGCUUGAAGAGACGAUGCGUCUUGCAGCACAGUCUUCGGAAGGCAAGGCUUUCGAAGAACCUCUGCGCCUACGAGCUGAACAAUCCUGGAUCAACCUUGCCAAGUGUUGGUGGAUUGUAAAUACUUUUAUUCCUGUUUCUCUGAAAGAAACCUCACAUGCAAAAUCACCUUCUCGACAAGGGAAGGAUGAUUUCGACAAUGAAUUCGGAGGCAUCCGUCAACAAAUAUUUGACCAUUUAGGUUCGUUAGUGACAUCCGCACAGCGAGGCAAUCUUUUGCCGUCUUCGAGCGAGGCGACCACGCUCAAUCAAAAUAUGAACAUCAAGAUUUGGCUCGAGUACCCACCUUUACCGCGACUUAUUAGUGGACUUUUGAAUCACGGCUCUUCUUCACUGCUAGAAAUGAGCAAAUUUUUGCCGCUUGGAGAUACAGAUCAAACCUACGUCUACGGAAGGAUGUUCGUUGAGGUCACACUUUUACCAGAAAAUGGAAAUGAGUCUACCCGGUUCAUUUGCGCUCUGUCGAUCUUGAGAGACAAAGCUGAAUGGCAGGUAAAAGCGUCAAUUUGCAGCCAGAAUCGACUCGUUCAAAUAUGUAUACAAAAUAACGUCAACUCUGGGCCCACUUGGGAUGAUGUACAUUGGAAGGUCAAGGCGCAUUCUCUCUUGGUACGGAUAGCAGGUGGAACCCAGCUUGUACUCUGUUUGACCGAUAAAGAUUUCAAAAGCCUCUGGGGCAUCUAUCACCACGCGCAAUCUUUCGAAAAGGGUAUCCAAGCUUGUCAUGACGAGGUUAAGGUGCUUCAAACUGCCGUAAAGAGUUGCCAGUAUAGCGAUUCUCCUCAAUCUCAAAAUUUCCCUUCAGGAGUAGUCCCUGGAUGUCGAUUAUAUGUUUUCGAAAAGCUGGCUCCUCGCCCUAGCAGUGAUGCCAUGCAAAGUUAUCAUGGUGGCGGAUUCCGACUCUUGGUGGUAACAAGUCCAGAGUCAAAGGCUGUAUUCCGCCUUGACGUUCGCUUGGGACAUGGUGAGCUUUUGGAAUUUGGCUUUCUGCGCGGCAAAUGCGGCGAGCAUAUCUUAAGGCUUCAGGGCCGAAGAGAUGAUUCAAAAUUUGUAUUUUUGCUUGCGUUCGAGCAGCCUACAGUGUUAUCGACUCUUUGGUCAAUAAUACAUGGUGGCGCGCCGCGAAAAGGGGAGAAUAUGGUAAUUUCUCGCAUACCACUGAAAGGCUUCUCCAUUCAUCCUUGCUUGGAUAACGAUGAAGGAGAAAGCCCGCAUAUCAUGGCACCCAUGACGCUGAACCUGCAGCAAAUUUCGAUCAUUGACGAGGAAGCCAGCUAUUCUCGAUCAAACCCUUCAUCCCCUUCGUCAAGGAAAUUGAGAAUCUGUGCCAAUGGCGAAAUGGGCGUCUUUACGGAUGGUCUUUCCCUAGAAACAGGCCCUGGCGAGCUCAAAGUGCGAAUGAAUGCUCAAAAUAGAACAGAGGUAGAGCUAAUACGGGCGGCCCAAGAGGAUGGGAUUUCAAUGUGCAUUGCAGAAAAUCGAGCACAGACACAGGACCCCAGUUCUCUGCUCAAUCUUCAGCGAAUGAUCAAAAGCUCUUCUACGAUUCGAAAUUACCUGUUUCAAAGUCUUGAAGAUACUCAUAAUUUUCUCCGAGCUCUGACAGGGUUUUCUGUCCUUUAUGACGGUAUUGCUUCUACAUUUGCAAUUUCACGUCGCCGAAUGGUUGUCCCGAUAUAUAAACGCUGGGCAGCCACGGGUCCUCGCAUACAGAUUCUGCGGCAUGAGAAAAUAGUGCAGCUUGUCGCAUUUUUUGAGAAAUUCAAUUACGGAAGCUGUAUGAACUUUCAGCUCAAAGGCACCGAUGUCUUUGAGAAUUUCAGCAAGUCAGGCAAAUUUUACUUAAGAAUAGUAGAUGCAAAAUUCGCUCUGCCUAAGCCUGUGGGAGGAGGAGACUCUGGGUUUGUCUGUCUGGAUCUGCCUGACUAUCCUGGCGAGCACGACGACAUUACUCUUGCAUUUGACGACGAAGCAGAUCGGGACAAUUUUCAAAAGGCAUUGCCAGCGCCUGUAGGCAAAUUCUCCCGGAUUGGCUCGCUGCGGAAAUAA